AUGCCUCUAACAACUAAACCAUUGUCUCUAAAAGUCAACGCCGCCUUGUUCGAUGUUGAUGGUACCAUCAUCAUCUCUCAACCGGCCAUUGCCGCCUUCUGGAGAGACUUCGGAAAAGACAAGCCAUACUUUGACGCUGAACAUGUCAUCAACAUUUCCCACGGCUGGAGAACUUACGAUGCCAUCGCUAAAUUCGCUCCAGACUAUGCUGAUGAAGACUAUGUCACCAAAUUGGAAGGUGAAAUCCCAGAAAAGUACGGUAAGCACUCUAUUGAAGUGCCAGGUGCCGUCAAGCUUUGUAACGACCUAAACAAAUUGCCAAAGGAGAAAUGGGCUGUCGCUACCUCCGGUACCCGUGACAUGGCUAGAAAAUGGUUUGACAUCUUGGGUAUCAGGAGACCUAAAUAUUUCAUCACUGCCAACGACGUCACUCAAGGUAAGCCAUUCCCAGAACCUUACAUCAAGGGCAGAGACGGUUUAGGUUUCCCAAUCAACAAGGAAGACCCAUCGAAAUCCAAGGUCAUUGUCUUUGAAGACGCCCCAGCCGGUAUUGCUGCCGGUAAAGCUGCAGGUUGUAAGAUUGUCGGUAUUGCUACUACCUUCGACCUACAAUUCUUGAUCGACAAGGGCUGUGACAUCAUUGUCAAGAACCAUGAAUCCAUCCAAGUCGGCGCUUACGAUGCCCAAACCGACGAAGUUGAAUUCAUCUUUAACGACUACCUUUACGCAAAGGACGACUUAUUGAAAUGGUAA